GCUUUUAUAAAUUUGAGGGUUUAACAUUUUUUUUGUAAUGAAAAUGUGAGGGUUAAUUGCACCUACAAUCUUAUUUAGGAGUUUUUUUUUUUGGCAAUUCAUCCCUUUGUUUUUACCCUAUGAACCUUUCCUACCACUUUCAUUAGUUGAUAUACCCCUCACCAUUUAAGCCAAAGUCAAGACUUUUGGGAUAGGCAUCUCUUAUUUCAUGAAUUAGUCAAUAUUGUUGGACUAGAGUCAAGAUUCUAGGAUUAAGUUCAUUAUGCCCGUCUAGAAAAUUAGGAAAAGAAAAAACUAAAGCAAGAUUAAAAUAUCAUUCUAUCAGUUUUCUUAGACCAAGUCCAAAUUUUCAAAUCACAAAUACUUGUGAUAUUCUUUCCCCCUCAAUUUUUUUUCAUGUUAUUCUUGUUCAAAUGUGUAUGUCAUCAACUACCAAAUUUCAUCCUGAAAUAGGAAGGUUUAAUUUUUCACUGAACGAAUCAACAAACAAAUUUUCUUAUUUACUUUCAGUAACAAAAAAAAUACAGUGAUUUAUACCUUCAAGAUUGCCCUAACUUUAUGUUGAAUUCACCAAUUCAUUUAUGAAUUCAACAGAUCUUUUCAAAUCUUGGGAGAAACUAGCUUCUCUAAAUGAAAAGGAACACGAUUUCAAAGAACAUGAUUUUAACGAAAUAUGUUUUUUAUUUUAAAAAUUAAAGCAAAAUUAGGGGAACUUUCAGGGGAGGAGCGGGCAUCUUUUGAGAGAAAAACUUUUAAAUAAUCUCAAUGAUUUCACAAACACUUGCAUUUUAGCCUUUUAGGGCUGGCAACUUAUAAAGAUAUGUUCCAAAAAAGCAUAUGCUACAUAUGUACAUUAAUUUAGACUAUACCCUAUGGUUUUUUUUUCUUCUUUUAAUAAUAUUAUUAUCAAUUUUACUUUAGUGGGUGGCCAAGUAAAGAAUCAUCCCCAAAUCCUACCAGAAAUGACAUCAAAACAUUUGUGAGAGAAAUAUCUCUUUCAGGUCCAAACCUUUUCUUUCUCCUUCAUUUCCUCUCCAAAUUUUUUGAUUGGAUGUGGAAUAUUAAUGCCUCUUUGCAAACCAAAUAUUACCAGUGUAAAGAGAAAACCACCCCAAAUAAAUAAAUAAUUCUUUUAAAAAAACCCCAAUCAGAUAUAGAUCCUGAUUUACAUUGAGUUGUCUUCCACUUUUAAGGAGAGCACAAAAACAGAAAAGAACAAAAGAUAUAGCCACUUAAUCUGAGAUUAAAGACCAAAAUUUUCCUAGGAUAAGUCUUGAUUAAUUGUAUUUAUAAUUUAAAGUAAAGAGUGGGUUGUCCGUUUUCUGGAAGCUGAUUUUUGGUUCGUUCAUGGAGAGGGGCCCGAGCAAACCGUCACUGUCAAUUAUUGAACCAAAAACAAAACCCCAUUAGUUCGUUUUCUCAGCCAAAAUGGAUUAAACCUAUCUUAGAUUUCAUGUUUUUUGUUCAAUAUUUGGUCGUCCAUUUGUUGGUAGAGAGAUAAAACAUCUGAAUGGGAUGAUGUCAAAUUUGAAGAUGGUGAAUCUGUAUUAUGUAACAGUGAAAGCGCAAGCUCUGCUGUAGCUUCUAUGCAUGGCGGAUAGAAAGAAAAUCUAGAAAUAGAAGUCAAUUAAAGGCUGUUUAGAACCAUUUCUUACGUUUUAUGUUCUCCAAAAUUAUACAGAGAAAAAAACCUAAGUGGGCCAUUUCUUGUCUCUCCCACUUUUUGCCAACAGAAAGAAAAAAAAAUCAUCUAUAAAAAGUUCCCCCAAGUCAUCAUCUGCCUUGAACAAUCACUGCUUCCAAAUGGGAAUUAUGGAAUACCAUCAAACUUUUCAUAAUUCUGAUACAUAUUUUGAUCAAUCUUACUCUUCUUCUUCUUCUUCUUCUUCUUCUUCGUCUUCUUCAUGUCAAACUACUUUCAAAGGCCAUUCUUCUUACAUCUCUUCUCUAACUCUCGCCGGAAAGUUCCUCUACUCUGGUUCCUCCGACAGAGAAAUCCGAUCAUGGAGACGUAACUUAUCGCAAAAUUGUGAAGAAAAUCAGGAAGAAUUUCAAAACAAUAUGGUUACAGCCGGACAUGGUGCAGUGAAAUCUCUUGUGGUUUCAUCUGAUAAACUUUACAGUGCUCAUCAAGACCAUAAAAUUCGUGUCUGGAAAAUCUCUAAUGAUUUCGACCACCAUCAAAAGUACACUCGCUUAGCCACUCUCCCGACGCUCGGCGAUCGGACGGCCAAGCUUUUGACUCCCAAUAAUCAGGUCCAAAUCCGACGGCACAAGAAAUGCACAUGGGUUCAUCAUGUUGAUACGGUUUCAGCUCUUGCUCUGUCAAACGAUGAGUCACUUCUCUAUUCCGUCUCGUGGGAUCGGACCCUCAAAAUCUGGCGGACUUCCGAUUUCAAAUGCUUGGAAUCCGUCGCCGGAGCUCACGAUGAUGCAAUAAACGCCGUCGCUCUCGCCGGAGACGGUGACGUAUACACUGGAUCAACGGACAAGAGGAUUAAAGUGUGGAGGAAAAACCCAGAUGGGAAAAGACAUUUUUUGGUCCAAACACUUGAAAAACACAGCUCGGGAAUUAAUGCCUUGGCUCUCACCGACGAUGGGUCGGUUUUAUUUUCUGGCGCCUGUGACAGAUCGGUUUUGGUUUGGGAGAAGGAGGAAGGAGGUGGGUUAAUGGAGUUGGUGGGUGUGUUGAGAGGCCAUUCGAAGGCGAUAUUGUGUUUGGCUGUGGUGUUGGAUUUUAUCUGUAGUGGUUCGGCGGACAAGACGAUCAGAAUUUGGAAGAAGGCUGUGGCCGGAAAUUAUGUGUGUUUGAGGGUUUUGGAAGGGCAUAACGGUCCCGUCAAGUGUUUGGCGGCGGCGGUUGAUCGGUUCAACCAAAACGACAGGUCGUUUAUGGUUUAUAGUGGUGGUUUGGACUGUGAUAUUAAGGCUUGGCAGAUUUCUGUUCCUCUUGUUUAGAUUGAUUACUUUUUUUCUGAGGGAUUUGUGUAUAUAUUAUUAAAGACUAAAGAGUUUUGGAUUUCAGUUCCCCUUUGGUGUUUUUAGAAACCGUUGCUUGAUGUGCAAGUGAGUGAUGCCAAAUUGGAGGAGAUUUGCCUUUGGAUCAUCUAAUAUGAAGAAGAUUAGUUAUUAGUUA